AUGCCGCAAUGGGGUAACACGCCCUUGACCUGCCUCCGAUGCACGCGACGCCACUUCUCCACUGGCCGUCCGAUCCUCCCAGGCCACAGUGCCAGCGGCAUACGCAUCGCAACGCCGCGCAUCCCAGCCCGCCGCUUCGAGAAUGAGCCGCCGGUCAAGCCCCUGCUCAUCCAACGGCAUCUCAGGCAGCUCCAGCGCUCGCAGCCUCGUCGGAGAGUCUUGGCUCCUCGCGAUGACUAUCUGACGCCCGACGAUAUCGCCGCCGCAGCCGAGGCCCACACCAUUGAGGUCGCGGCAAACCGCCAGCAAGAGUUGGAGGCGAAGCAGAAUAGGGAAAAGGACACAAAAAAGAAACGCAAGCCAGCACACCUCAACAGCGAUCCGCCGACAGAAGAGCAGGAGCAAAAGAAGCAAAAGCCAACACCAGCAACCCUCACGGAUCCAGAGACAACGCAAGAAAAGCAACCCAAGCCACGCCACAAAACCGGCGGCAGCAGCCUCGCGACACAGCUAGCACAGGUGCACCCGGCGUUCCCGCGCCCGCACGAGCCGCACCGCUACAUGUCGACCAUCCCACCGACGGACGCGCAGCUGGAGCGGGCGCGCGCCUUCUUCGCCCGCGGCGGCGGCCGCUUCGUCUUCACGUGCGAGUCGUUCCGCAAGUUCCCGGCCGACAGCCCGGCGCCCGAGGUGGCCUUCCUGGGCCGCAGCAACGUCGGCAAGAGCAGCCUGCUCAACGUGCUCUUCGGCCGCCGCGCGCUCGGCACCCAGGACAACGCCGACCAGGGCACGGCCAAGGUGUCGAAGCGGCCCGGCAAGACGCGCACGAUGAACGUGUUCCUGGUGGGCGAGGGCGCCGAGGGCGGCGUCAAGGCGCCCGCGACGGACAUGCAUGGGCGGCGGGUCAAGGGCGUGGAUCAGGUGCGGUGGAUCGGGCCCGGCAGGGCGGUGGCGGUCGUGGACAUGCCCGGGCAUGGGUUCGGGAGCAGGGCCGAGUGGGGCAACGAGAUCGUCAAGUACUUGACGCAGCGGAAGCAGCUGCGCAGGGCGUUUGUGCUCGUGAGCUCCGAGCACGGCUUGAAGCCGUCGGACCGGCAGGUGCUGGAUAUCCUGGCGCGGAAUGGCGUGCCGCAUCAGGUCGUGCUGAGCAAGGCCGACAAGCUGCUGUUGCCGAAGGCGAAGGACAACUCGAUGGGGGUGGUGCAGAAGGGGCUGUCGAAUUUGAGGGACGUGCAGGAUGCGGUCGUGAAGGAGUUUCAGUUGAGAGAGAGGGAGAAGAAGGGAACGCCGGCUUUGGGGGAGAUACUCACGGUCAGCUCCAACAAGGGGAUGAGUGACGGUGAGGGGGCAUCGAGAGCCGACAAGAUUGGCAUUAAUGGCCUCAGGUGGGCAAUUUUACAGGCUGCAGGUUUGGAGCAGCCGUGGGAAUAG